UCCCGGGCGAGGGAGCGACGCGGUUCGCAGUGGAGAGGGCGGCUGUAGCGGCAGCAUGAAGCGGACCCCGACGGCCGAGGAGCUAGAGCGCGAAGCUAAGAAACGGAGACUUCUUGAAGAGCUUGAAGACACUUGGCUUCCUUAUCUGACCCCCAAAGAUGAUGAAUUUUAUGAGCAGUGGCAGCUGAAAUACCCUAAACUAGUUCUCCGAGAAGCCGACAGAGUACCGGAAGAGCUCCAUAAAGAGGUCCAAGAAGCCUUUCUUAUACUGCAAAAGCAUGGCUGCCUAUUUCGAGACCUGGUGAGGGUCCAAGGCAAAGAUGUGCUCACUCCUGUAUCUCGCAUCCUCAUCGGUAACCCGGGCUGCACCUACAAGUACCUGGACACCCGGCUCUUUACUUUACCUUGGCCAGUGAAGGGUUCCAGCAUAAAAUACAAUGUGUCUGAAAUAGCUGAAGCGUGUCAAAUCUUCCUGAAGCUCAACGAAUAUUUGCGGAUCAAGACCUUCCAGGCCUUGGAAGAACUUGCUGCCAAAGAUAAAAAUGAUAUCGAUACGGUGCCAGUGUGUAUCGGUCCAGAUUUCCCCAGGGUUGGCUUGGGGUAUGAUGGACCCGAUGAAAUGGACUUGAGGAACCGGUCAGCGUUCAACGUGACACUGGUGAAUUUCAUGGAUCCUCAGAAAAUGUCGUACCUGAAAGAGGAGCCUUACUUUGGCAUGGGGAAAAUGGCAGUGAGCUGGCAUCAUGACGAAAACCUGGUGGACAGGUCAGCGGUGGCAGUGUACAAUUAUAGCUGUGAAGAUCCUGAGGAAGAAGAAAGCGAGGAUGAUCCUCAGUUUGAAGGCAGAGACCCUGACACAUGGCAUGUGGCUUUUAAAAUCUCCUGGGACAUCGAGACACCUGGCUUGGCAAUACCCCUCCGCCAAGGAGACUGCUAUUUUAUGCUUGAUGAUCUCAAUGCUACCCACCAACACUGUGUCUUGGCUGGUUUACCACCUCGGUUUAGUUCCACCCACCGAGUGGCAGAGUGCUCCACGGGAACCUUGGAUUAUAUCUUACAGCGUUGCCAGUUAGCACUUCAGAAUAUCCGUGAGGAGGCAGACAAUGGUGAUGUCUCUUUGAAAUCUUUGGAGCCUGCGGUAUUGAGACAAGGAGAAGACAUCCACAAUGAGGUUGAGUUUGAGUGGCUGAGGCAGUUCUGGUUUCAAGGCAAUCGAUACCGGAAGUGUACGGAUUGGUGGUGUCAACCCAUAGCUCAACUGGAGGAAAUGUGGAAGAAGAUGGAAGGUGUGACAAAUGCCGUACUCCGUGAAGUUAGGAGCGAGGGGCUCCCCGUGGAACAAAGAAAUGAAAUCUUGACUGCCAUCCUCGCCUUGCUUACUGCACGCCAGAACCUGAGGAGGGAAUGGCAUGCCAGGUGCCAGUCCAGAAUUUCUCGAACUCUCCCUGUGGACCAGAAGCCAGAAUGCCGGCCCUACUGGGAGAAGGAUGACCCUUCCAUGCCUCUGCCCUUCGACCUCACAGACACGAUUUCAGAACUCAAAGACCUGCUUCUGGAAUGAAAGCCCUAGAAGAAACACAGAGUCUUGGGUGGGGGAAGAGAAGAAACUUGGGACUUCCCUCCUCUGGCUGUGGCUUGGGCAAGGGCAGAAUGGAUAGACUAUAGAUUGUAGCACCGGGUUCCAGCUGGAACCUGCUAGGAAAUAGGGCUCAUGAAUACCAAAAAAAAAAAAAAACCAUUUGAAAAUGGUGCAAUAUUCGAAUCCGAUCUGGUCUGAAGCAACAAGCUCCCCUUACCUCAAAAUUCUUGCUCACUGAUGUGAACAAUUUGGCCCCCAAGGGCCAAGGCAACAAGGGUGCUGGGUCUUUGGCAUUUAUUCUACCUAACUUUUUUUCUCCUUCCCAAGACUUGCUAUGACUCUCCAGAGG